AUGUCUGGUACAAUUGUCAAUGUUCCUCAGUUGCAAGCUGCUUACAAUGCUGCCAAAGCUGCUUGUACUCAUUUGACAAAAUCUUUGGCCGUCGAAUGGGCUCAUUUUGCUAGAGUAAACAGUGUUUCACCGGGUUAUAUUGCUACUGACAUUUCUGACUUUGUUGAAAAGGAUAUGAAGGCUAAAUGGUGGCAAUUGACGCCAUUAGGAAGAGAAGGCUUGACACAGGAAUUGGUUGGUGCUUACUUGUACUUGGCAUCGAAUGCAUCGACUUAUACAACUGGUGCUAAUCUUAUCGUCGAUGGAGGUUAUACAUGUCCUUAG